CCGAAUGUACGUACGGAACUUGCGCUUCUGUCGCUGCACCACAACCGCCGUGCAACGUUCUACGUGAAACACCCAGUACUGAGAUUUAUGCGAUUGUUUAGUGAACUGGCAGUCUGUCACGUAACUACAAAACACAUCGAAGGCGUCUUCAAAAGUGAAUGUCAGGGGGAAUCUCUGCUAGCAUAGCCACCAGCAGACUGCAAGCUGAGGGAAUGGGCUCCAACGACCACGCCGUACCUUUCCUUAACCAGGACUAUGAGGCUUUGAGGCAGGAGUGUCUGGAGACGGGGUGUCUGUUCCAGGACCCCUACUUCCUAGCCGAGCCUCCCUCUCUGGGCUUCAAGGAACUGGCCCCCUUCUCUGCCAAGACCAGGGAUGUGGAAUGGAUGAGACCCACGGAGCUGACAGACGACCCUCAGUUCAUCCUGGGAGGAGCUACCAGAACAGACAUCUGCCAGGGAGCUCUAGGUGAUUGCUGGCUCCUAGCAGCCAUAGCCUCUCUAACCCUCAAUGAGAGGCUGCUCCACCGAGUGGUCCCACAUGGUCAGUCCUUCCAAGAGGGCUAUGCUGGGAUCUUCCACUUUCAGUUCUGGCAGUUUGGUGAGUGGGUGGACGUGGUGAUUGACGACCGGCUGCCAACGAAGGAUGGAGAGAUCAUGUUCGUUCACUCAGCCGAGGGCAAUGAGUUCUGGAGCGCCCUGCUGGAGAAGGCCUACGCCAAGUUGAAUGGUUCCUAUGAGGCUCUGUCUGGAGGCAGCACUACAGAAGGCUUUGAGGACUUCACCGGCGGUGUGUCUGAGAUGUACGAGCUCCGUAAGGCUCCACGGGACCUGUACAGGAUCAUCAGCAAAGCCCUGGACAGAGGCUCCUUGCUGGGCUGCUCCAUCGACAUCACCAGUGCCUUUGACAUGGAGUCUGUGACGUUCAAGAAGCUGGUGAAAGGUCAUGCUUACUCAGUCACCGGCCUAAAGAAGGUGGACUACCAGAGUCAGGUGGAGAGGCUGAUCAGGGUGAGGAACCCCUGGGGACAGGUGGAGUGGACUGGCGCCUGGAGUGACAAUUCUCCUGAGUGGGAUGAGUUGGACCCAUCUGAGAGAGAGGACCUGCAUCUAAAGAUGGAGGAUGGCGAGUUCUGGAUGUCAUUCCAGGAGUUCCUGAGGCAGUUUUCCCGUCUGGAGAUCUGUAACCUGACGGCGGACGCUCUGAGUGAGGACGGCCUCAGCCACUGGAACACCAUCAAGUUCCACGGCAUGUGGAGACGGGGGAGUACCGCCGGGGGCUGCCGCAACCACCCCAACACGUUCUGGAUCAACCCCCAGUAUAAGAUCACUCUGCUAGAGGAGGAUGACGACCCUGAGGAUGACGAGGUGGCUUGUAGCUUCCUGGUGGCUUUGAUGCAGAAGGACAGGAGGAGGUACCGGAAACAGGGACAGGACAUGCACACCAUCGGGUUCGCCAUCUACGAGUACAGGGGCUGUCAGAACGUGCACCUGAAGAAAGACUUCUUCCUGACCCACUCAUCCUGCGCUCGCUCUGAGACCUUCAUCAACCUGAGAGAGGUCAGCAACCGUCUCCGUUUGCCUCCGGGAGAAUAUCUCAUCGUCCCCUCCACCUUCGAGUCUGGCCAGGAGGCUGACUUUGUCCUGCGAGUCUUCACUGAGAAACAGUCUGAGACAGAAGAGCUAGACGAUGAAAUCGCAGCAGACCUGGAAGAUGAGGAUGACAUCAGUGAAGAUGACAUCGAAGACUCAUUCAAAUCCAUGUUUGCUCAGCUGGCAGGAGAGGAUAUGGAGAUUUCUGUCCGUGAGCUUAGGACCAUCCUGAACAGAGUAGUGACUAGACACGAAGACCUGAAGACAGACGGUUUCAGUAUGGAGUCCUGUAGGACCAUGGUCAACCUCAUGGAUAAGGAUGGCACUGCCCGUCUCGGCCUGGUAGAGUUCCAGAUGCUCUGGAAUAAGAUCAGGAAGUGGCUGGUCAUCUAUAGAGAAUAUGACAUGGACAAGUCGGGAUCCAUGAGCUCCUAUGAGAUGCGACUUGCUGUGGAGUCGGCAGGUUUUAAACUGAACAACAGACUGAAUCAGGUCCUAGUGGCUCGCUAUGCUGAGAAUGAGGCCAUAGACUUUGACAACUUCAUCUGCUGUCUGGUCAAACUGGAAGCCAUGUUUAGAUCUUUCCAGCAGCUAGACAAAGAGGGAGAAGGAGUGGCUGAGCUGAACAUCACUGAGUGGCUGUAUAUGACCAUGUGUGGUUGAAGAGGACCAGUUUUCUCCCAGGAGAGGGACAGACCGAACAGCCAACGUGCCCCGGCAAAGUGCUUCUUCACUGGGCUCAUAUAGAUCUACUGUAGCCUCUUCCCUGAAACCAUGCGUAUCUUCCUAGCCUUUAUCUUCCUCUGCCUGAUCUGAACUAUAGGGCUGACCUGUACUGUACUGACUCAGAUAUUUUAUUUCUCCAUGGUCCCUUCCAGCACAGUUCCAGCUACUAUGGUGAAAGAAUAACCAGCCCUGUUCAGUUCGGCUCAGUUUGGCCCUAUAGUGUGAAUCAGUUACUCCUGCCAACUACACUACAGCAAACCCUGACCCACCCCCCCUCAGCCUGCCAACUACACUACAGCACGGCCCCUCACCCACACCCCUCAGCCUGCCAACUACACUACAGCACGGCCCCUCACCCACCCCACCUCAGCCUGCCAACUACACUACAGCACGGCCCCUCACCCACCCCACCUCAGCCUGCCAACUACACUACAGCACGGCCCCUCACCCACCCCACCUCAGCCUGCCAACUACACUACAGCACGGCCCCUCACCCACCCCACCUCAGCCUGCCAACUACACUACAGCACGGCCCCUCACCCACACCCCUCAGCCUGCCAACUACACUACAGCACGGCCCCUCACCCACACCCCUCAGCCUGCCAACUACACUACAGCACGGCCCCUCACCCACACCCCUCAGCCUGCCAACUACACUACAGCACGGCCCCUCACCCACCCCACCCCUCCAGCUACACUACAGCACGGCCCCUCACCCACCCCAGCUAACCCCAUAUAGCAGUGAGGGUUCUACUAGCCAUGUAAUGCAGGGCGAGACCCUCCGACCAAGCUAAAGACCACACACACCCCAUGCUACGGGGUUACCUAUGCAAAAUGUUAGAAUUGUUUUUGGUUUUUUAAAAACAUUUUAUUCACUGUGGAAUUGUAGAUAUGUCUGUAAACAAAGCGAGAUGCACGACACUAAUGAGCCAUACUGGUAUCGUCCCGGCCCUACUAGAGCUGUCUGUGAACAGCAUGGGUCAGAGCACGAAGCAUCAGUGUGACUGUAUGGAAACACGUUUUUUUAAAUCACAUUAGUUGAAUUGAAGAGGAUCAGGUCUGUUUGUCUUUUUGCUGUGUAGUGCACGUGGACUGUUUCAUCACCUUGUUGACCCACCGUGGGGUGUUAUGGGAAUAUUAACAGAUAGUACAUCUGGGAGACUCACUCACCGAGGGUCUGUCAACAACGUUGUCAAAGAUAUUUCUCUUUAGAUGUUUAGGUUUAUAAUUUUGUGAGAUAUGAAGGAAGUAUCUUGAUUAUCGCAGUGUUCUGGGUAAUAUAAUUAGUCUUAUUCCCAUAAACAUUUGAUUUUUUUUAACCACAGCUGAUAUUUGAGGACAUUAUUUGACUAUGCCCACUAGGUGGAAGUAUUGAAGAGUCUCAGUGUGGCGAUCACGGUACUGCAGUUGUAGAAAGUUACUGUAUAUGAGGAAAUACAGUAUUUUAGUUAUUAAACGGAACAAAAGUAUAACUGACAAAUAACAAAUCAUCGUUUUUAUGGGGGGUUUAAAACAUCUCAUAUUGGAUAAUAUUUUAGAGACUGAGACCACGUGGAUUGGAUUACAAUGCAGAUUAAAGGGAUGGUUAAUCUAAUUUUCAUUGGGUAAAAUGUAUUUGAGUGGAUUGGAUUAAAGGGAUGGUUAAUGUAUUUGAGUGGAUUGAAUUAAAGGGAUGGUUAAUGUA